AUGGCCUCGCCGCCGAACCCGGGCUCGCCCUUGGCCAUGUCGCCGCCGAACCCUGCACCGGCGCAGAUCCCGAACAAGAAGCGUUCCUCGUCCACUCUCGAUAUCUCCACCAAUGCCGCGAAACGUCGCAAACCCUCACAACCUGGCACGCCUGCUCAUCCACUGCGCCAGACAUCCUUCCCGCCACCCGAAGCUGUUGCCUCGCCCGCUGUUGGCGCACGCUCCCCCAGUGUGGAUGCGGCAUCCGUCGUGAGCGGAAGCCAAGUCAGCGCCAGCCAAGCGAAUGGCAAGAAGAAACGAGGGCGGAAACCUAAGAGUGCGAAACCCGACGAUCGAGAAGGCAGCGUUGCCGGCGAUGGAAGCGUAGCGGGUGGCAGCAAGGCGCCCACAUCCAUGGCCAACGGCGCUGGGAAAGAUGGCGAAGAGGAGGAAGAGGAAGACAAGCCCGAGAUGGCGCUGGAGGACGUCGUUGCGAGGACACAGGAGCAGAAACAGGAGGAGGUACGACUAAGGGCGAUGUUGGUGGAGAGCAUGGACAAGGAACAGAUGGCACGCUACGAAAAUUGGCGUGCCAGUAAGCUUCAAGAUUCGGUGGUGAAAAGGGUGGUCAACGCGACAGUCUCGCAGUCCGUCCCCCCGACAGUCAGCAUGGCGGUUCGAUCCGUUACCAAACUCUUUGCCGGCGAGCUGGUCGAGCUGGCACGGCAAGUUCAAGCGGAGAUGAUCACAGCUGGCGAGGUACAAUCCGAGGCGCCACGGCCGCCGUCCCUCACUGCGCUCCCCGAGGAGACGAACGAAGAGCUCGACCUCAGACGCGCACCGUUGCGCCCAGAGCAUCUGCGCGAGGCAUGGAGAAGAUACAAACUUUCUGGAGAGAGUGGAGGGGUGGGCGUGCAACAGUUAUGGCAUGCGCAGCAGAACAGUGGAACGGAGCGCUUUAGUACCCGGACCGGGAAACGCAUGUUCAGAUAA